AUGUGGACGAAAUCGUUAAUCUCUCUCAAUAUUCUAGCCGGUGCCGUGGUGGCAUUUCCACAUGCUCCUAUCCCCAAGAGACAGGCGGAUAUCGAUGCGUUCCUCGAGAAACAAACACCCAUCGCCAAGCAAGGGGUUCUCGACAACAUCGGCGCUGAUGGGGAGCGCGUUGAAGGAGCUGCAGCCGGCAUUGUAGUCGCUUCACCGUCGAAGGAGGAUCCAGACUGUCUCACCAUGCUAGCGGUCGUCGAGCAGUUUCUCGGCGGCGAUGAUUCACUCGAAUCUCUCAUCCAGGAUUACGUCGACUCGCAGGCCAAGCAGCAGACAGUCUCGAACCCAUCUGGCGAUUUAUCCGACGGGACUGGACUAGGCGAGCCCAAAUUCCAUGUCGACAUUUCUGCUUUCACGGAUUCCUGGGGCCGUCCCCAACGCGAUGGCCCGCCACUGCGUGCUUCCGCGUUGAUCGCGUAUGGCAACUCGCUGAUCGCCAAGGACCAGAAGUCACUGGCGCAAGAUAAUAUCUGGCCUAUUGUCCAGAACGAUCUGUCGUAUGUCGGACAGUACUGGAACGAGAGCACCUUCGAUCUCUGGGAAGAGGUCCAGGGAUCAUCUUUUUUCACAACCGCCGUCCAACACAAAGCGCUCGUCGAGGGAAAGGCUUUCGCAGAAGCGCUGGGCCAAGCAUGCGACUCCUGCUCCGUGGCGCCCCAGAUCCUCUGUCACCUGCAAGACUUCUGGGAUGGCUCAGCUGUUGUUUCCAACAUUCCAACCAGUGGCCGCAGCGGUCUGGACGCUAAUUCCCUUUUGACCUCGAUCCACACCUUCGAUCCGACCGCGGAUUGCGACGAUGUUACCUUCCAGCCUUGCUCCUCUCGCGCGUUGUCCAACCACAAGGCCGUGGUCGACUCGUUUCGGUCGAUCUACAACGUUAACGACGGGCGGGGUGCGGGCAAAGCUGCCGCAGUGGGUCGCUAUGCGGAGGAUACCUACCAGGGAGGAAAUCCAUGGUACCUGACCACCCUGGCGGCCGCCGAAGUGCUGUAUGACGCACUGUAUCAGUGGGACAAGCAGGGCAGCCUGACCGUCACCGACACGUCCCUGCCCUUCUUCCAGGACCUCGCCAGCAACACCACCACGGGCUCAUACUCCAAAUCCUCAGCCGAGUAUACCGCCCUCACCAGCGCCGUCAAAACAUACGCGGAUGGCUUCGUGUCCGUCGUGCAGGAGUACACUCCCAGCGACGGCGGGCUGGCCGAACAAUUCACGCGCGACAACGGAGAUCCCACCUCAGCCGUGGACCUCACAUGGUCAUUUGCGUCUUUCCUGACGGCAGCCUCGCGACGAGCCGGCGACGUUCCUGCUUCUUGGGGCUCUUCGGCAUCGGAACUGCCGAGCCAGUGCAGUGGGGAUACCGUAACAGGGAGUUAUGCGACUCCUACCCCCGGUUCAUGGUAGCGUUUCGGAGGGGGGCCACAGAAGACAAGGACUAUGUACCGACUAUCGGAAAGUUAGAAUUUAGCGACAGUGUUGGUAAU